AUGGCGUUGAAAACGACCAGAAAGAAAACAAUAACAAAGGAGAAGGAUGCCAAAAAUGGCACAACCAAGAAAAGAAGCAGAGAACAAAACGUCGUUAUGCAAGAGAAGGAAGACCAACUGAGCUUUAACCCCUUCAAAACGAAGGAACAAAUAAAGCCAUUCGAGUUAAGCUUCAUAGAAAAUGAACAAAUGACUCAUGACGAGGAAAACCAAACAGACGACUCGUUUAAGGAGCUGUUAAGGAGAAGGAUAGAACAGAUGAAUAAGAAAAUGCAGGAAAAGGACAAGAAGGUGACUGCUCAUAUUAGACAUAACUACCAAGAGGAUAUCGAAAACUCGGGGAAAAGCUGGUUCGAAAGCAAGCUACUGAAUGACGUUCCACGGAAGUUAACCACAUGUUGA